UGGUCUUUUGCUCUUGCCCUCUGCAUGACACCAAAGAGAGACCGUCUUCUUCUCAAACUUUGAAAUCCUACUACUCUUUUCUUAAAAGGCUUUCACUUUCUCGCGCUUUCUUGGCCCCUUGUGUUGUGGGUUGACAUUCCUUGGAAAGAAAAAUGAGGUGGGAGAGAGUCCUGUUGCCGCAAGCCCAGGAAACAGAGCAGGGCAUAGAAGAGGCGGGUGGCUCCAGAAAGAGGUGGGGCCACACUUGCAACGCCAUCAAAGGAGGGGUGUUUCUCUACGUGUUCGGCGGCUUUGGGAAAGGCAUGUGCCAGACCAACCAAGUUGACGUCUUUGACACUGUGGAGCAAACAUGGAGCCAACCCACCAUAAAAGGCACGCCACCUGCUCCAAGGGACGGCCAUAGCUGUACUAAUGUUGGUGACAAUUUGUAUGUGUUUGGUGGGACAGAUGGGAUGAACCCUCUCGGGGAUUUGCAUAUACUAGACACUUCUUCUCAUACAUGGAUAUCGCCAAUUACAAGGGGAGAGGGACCGGAGGCAAGGCAGGGUCAUAGUGCAGCACUUGUGGGUAAAAGGCUGAUCAUAUUUGGUGGGUAUGGAAAAUCUCCUGAUGAUGAGGACGAAGUAUAUUAUAAUGAUCUCUUCAUAUUAAACACAGAGACAUUUUUAUGGGAAAAGGCUACGACAACUGGUAUCCCACCUUCACCACGUCUUACCCAUAGCUGCUCAACAUGGACGAACAAAUUGAUUGUGAUUGGGGGUCAAGAUGGACGUGAUUACUAUUUGUCCGAUGUCCAUAUUCUUGAUGCAGAUACCCUGAUAUGGAAGGAACUGAACACCGCCGGCGACAUGCUACCCCCCCGUGCUGGACAUUUGACUGUUACUUUUGGGAAGAUUCUGUUAGUUUAUGGGGGAUACACAGAUAACCAAAAGCUAUAUGAUGACCUGUGUAUGCUUGAUAUUGAAUCUGCGAUAUGGUCCAAGGUGACUGCUGCAGGUGCUGGACCUUCUCCCAGAUUUUGCAUGGCUGGGGUCUGUCUGGAUCCAGUAAAGAGUGGGGUUCUUGCCUUUGUUGGUGGUUGCAAUACAAGUCUUGAGGCUCUUGACGAUAUUUAUUACUUGCACACAGGACUCACUAGGGAAUACAAGCGAAGACUAGAGAAGCUACCAUUGAGGAAAAAACUGAAGCUGAAGUGCCAUGAACAAAAUUUGACUCUAGGACAUGAUCAAGCUUUGGUCCGAGUUGGUGAAUCCACAAGCACAGAUCAACCUGAGCCGCUAUCGAUCUAUGGUCAGCCAGGUGCUCAAAGUAAUCCAUAUGAGCAAUUGGUACCUGUCCAAGGUAAAGAAAUAUUUGAAGCGAGACUGAUGGAGAAUUUUGGUGAUCGAUACACCAUUGAAACCGUCAUAGAUGGAAAACCUCUCCGUGGAAUUUUAUUUUCCAGUAAGCCUAGUACUCUUCCUAUACCUUUUUCAAGCUCCAGCAGGAAAAUAACAUAUGGAGAUUCAAGUACUGGUACGCCAAAUGGGGAUUAGAACUGCGAGUAUGGAAAUUCGCAAAUGGGGAAGUAUCCAGCCGGACUCAGUUGCUGAUGCUAUGCAUGGAGAAGAAGCCUUUUCCCAGGAGCCCCAUGCAGAACCUGCUGGUCUGGUUCCUGUUUCGGAUGUAUUAAAACAUUGCAGUUCCAACGCUCUCUCGAACUUUUAUCACAAAUCUAGUUUUUGAGAGGCUGGAAAUGCUGCAAAAAGAAUUUUUGAAGAA